AUGGUGGUCUCGGAAGUUGUUGGUACUUUGUCAUUUUUGAAGCCGCAGCCUGAUGACGAUUUUGUGGAUCGCUUACAUUAUUAUUACACAAGCACGCUUCUUCUUGUUGCUGCUGCCACAUUGAUUUCUUAUGCCUUAUUCCUUAUACAAUCUCAGGUGCUGAUGAGCUUGAAAAUGUUUGGUGGAAGACCAAUCGAAUGUUGGGUUCCGGCAGAAUACCGAGGCGGCUGGGAAGAUUACACAGAGAUGUUCUGUUGGGCUCGAAGCACCUACUGGGUGUCAUUCGACGAGGAAAUUCCGGAAAAUAUAAGCGACCGGGAAAAACGCAUGGUCUCAUACUAUCAAUGGACGCCUUUCUUUUUCGUCAUUUGCGCCUUUCUCUUCUAUGCGCCUUGCUUGAUCUGGCGAAUGAUGUAUGAUAAAUCUGGUACGCUAUUUCGAAAGUUCGCAAUCUUACUU